UGGUUAAUCUUAUUAUAUUUAUUAAAUAGUCUAUCUCUUUGAUUUUCUUUCUUUAACUAUAUCAGUUUGAAAGUAAUUUGUGAUAAGAAAAAACUAUUGGAAUUAUGGGCACCAUUGUAAUAAACUUCAAUAAUUUUAGACCAAGCAACAAUGGAAGGGCUGCUACAAGCCCUACAAGGUACAAAAUACUUGUCUCCUUCCAAUUGGUUUUUUCAAGGCUAAGCUAGAACUUUCCCAAUUCUUCAAAAAGAAAAUAUCACACAUGAAGAGCCUUAUUACUCUCAUCUUCUUUGCCUCUCUAAUCCAAUUUUCAUUCUUGAAUUUGUCCACUGCAGCUGAUACCAUAUCUGCAUUAGAGUCCAUCAUGGGCUCAGACACCUUGGUUUCUUCCGGCCAAAGCUUCGAAUUAGGACUCUUUUCAGCGGGGAAUUCGAAAACCUGGUAUCUAGGAUUAUGGUACAAAAACUUUCCAAAUACUGUUCUAUGGGUUGCAAACAGAGAGAACCCACUUGCAGGAUCAAAUGGAGCCUUGACAUUAACCAAAAAUGGAAGUUUGGUCCUUCUAGACCAAAUGAACAACACCAUUUGGUCUACCAUUUCUUCCCAAAUAGUAGAAAAUCCUGUUGCACAGCUUUUGGAGACUGGAAACCUUGUUGUCAGAGACAAGGCUGAAACAGGUUCAGAACACUAUAUAUGGCAAAGCUUCAAUUUCCCAUCAGAUACUCUAUUACCAGACAUGAAGGUUGGAUGGGACUUCAGAACAGGCCUCAACAGAUUCUUGACUUCUUGGAAAAAUGCUAGUGACCCAUCUCUUGGAGAAUAUACAUAUGGGAUUGAUAAUCUGAUGUUGCCUCAGCUUGUUGUUGCCAAAGGAUCAAAGAAAUUGUUCCGUACCGGGCCUUGGAAUGGUAUUCGAUUUACUGGUACUCCUGAUGCUGGGAACAAACGAGUUGUGAAACCAAUCUAUGUGUAUGAUACAAAUGAGUUGUAUUAUAUGUAUGAGGCUACUGAUAGCUCUAUUCUAACAAGAGUGAAGCUGUCUGAAACUGGUUUGGCCCAGCGGCUGGUGCUGAAGAAGGGAACCACCGAAUGGGAUGUUAUGUAUACUUUGCUGAAUGACAGGUGUGACAAUUACAGGGAGUGUGGAGCAAAUGGACUUUGCAAAACUUCCAAGUCUCCAAGUUGUGAGUGCCUGCAGGGGUUUGUUCCGAAAUCGCAAAACGAAUGGGAUGUGCUUAACUGGGAAAGUGGGUGCAUUAGGCAGACACCACUGGAUUGCCAGAAGGGAGCAGGGUUUUUGAAAGUUCGAAAUGUGAAAUUGCCAGACCUGUUGGAGUUUCAGGUGAACAUGAAAAUGAGUGUGGAGGAAUGUGAGGCAGAGUGCUUGAGGAAUUGUUCUUGUGUAGCUUAUGCUAAUACAGAUAUCCGUAAUGGAGGAAGUGGCUGUCUGAUGUGGUUUGGCGACCUAAUUGAUAUGCGAGAGUUCGUUGAAGAAGAUAGUGAGCAAGAUAUACACAUUAGGAUGCCACUUUCGGAACUUGGUGGUACCGGCAAGAAGGACAAAAGGGUUAUACUUAUCUCGGUCAUAUCAGCAGUUUCUGUGCUUUCUCUUCUGGCUUUGUUAUGCUGGUAUAUACUUCUGAAGAAGAGAGGAAGGAAUGUAUCCACAUCCACAGGCUCAAGAUCAAUUAAGGACUGGGAGUUGCCACUGUUUGAUUUUAAGACAAUUGCAACCGCCACCAAUAAUUUCUCUCACACAAACAAACUAGGAGAGGGAGGUUUCGGUCCAGUUUACAAGGCCAACCUAACCCGAGAAGACUUCAUAGCUGUAAAGAGACUCUCAAAAGAUUCUGGGCAAGGUAUUGAAGAGUUUAAGAAUGAAGUUACAAUGAUAGCCAACCUCCAACACUGGAAUCUUGUUAAACUUUUGGGCUGCUGCAUUGAAAGAGAAGAAAGGAUGCUUAUCUAUGAGUACAUGCCCAACAAAAGCUUGGACUGCUUUAUUUUCGAUCAAAAUAGAAAGGUUUUGCUGAAUUGGCAAAAGCGAUUGAACAUUAUCAUGGGAAUUGCUCGAGGACUUCUCUACCUCCACCAAGACUCCAGAUUAAGAAUCAUUCAUAGAGACCUUAAGAGUAGCAACAUCUUACUUGAUGAUGAGCUGAACCCCAAAAUAUCUGACUUUGGCAUAGCAAGGAUUUUUGGACGCAAUCAAACCGAAGCAAAAACAAAACGAGUAAUUGGGACAUAUGGAUAUAUGUCUCCUGAGUAUGCAAUUGAUGGGAAGUUUUCAGAGAAAUCCGAUGUGUUCAGUUUUGGAGUGCUUUUGUUAGAGAUAGUAAGUGGCAGAAAGAACAGAGGGUUUCAUCAUCCAGAUCACCAUCACAGUCUUCUGGGACAUGCAUGGUUACUGUGGAAUGAAAAUAAGGGUUUGGAGCUAAUAGAUCCUUGCUUGGGGUACUCAUAUGUUGAGUUUGAGGUGCUGAGGUGCAUUCAGGUAGGUCUAUUGUGUGUUCAAGGGCUUCCAAAAGACAGACCAGUAAUGUCAUCAGCGGUUGUCAUGUUAAGCAAUGAAGGAGUAAUAUUACCUCAACCGAAGGAGCCAGGAUUCUUUACAGAACGAAGUUCCAUGGACGACACCAUAAUUAACGAAGGUAAAAGUAGCCAGACAGGAAGCAGUAUUACCAUUUCAACAGAGGAAGCUAGAUAACUGACACAUGGCACCUUGGACUCAUAAUUCGGAUUUAACGCAUUUUGACAUCGAUGCUGAUGAAUUUUCUUGCAAACAGACAGAAAGGCAUAACCUCAAUGGGAGGUUUAUUCAGAAAAGUAAAAUGUAAAUCUAGACUACCUACUGUUUACAGAGUAAUGCACAAGCAUCAUAAACAUGUAGUAUUGCAUUGUAAGAGACCGGCUGCCACGAGAUUGAAUAUGGGAGUGGCUAUAGAAUUGUAUUCAAUUGGUCAAAAUAACUAAAGUACUGUAUGUGAAUUAUAUGUUCCUGCUGAAUAUUUUAUGCAAAUACGGUUCCUUUCCUUCCGAGAAGAAUUGCUGAAUUUAAGCAGGAGGUGCUGAAUUUUUGUUUAUCGCAAUCGUGACCACACCCAAGAAGGAUGUCUCCUUAGUUGGGCUGUUUAUCAGAUCAUUAAUGGGUUCCUUAGAAGACUGGGAGUUAAGAGAUUAGAUCAGA